CACCUACUGCGGUACGGCACGAUGAUCAGAUGACAUGUAUCUGCAUCAUUGCAUGACAGCUCGUUAAUUUCUUCAGGUUAACCAGUAGCACCUGUUCUCUCUCCUUGACACGUUGCCACGUGUACAGUAGCAUCAGUUCAAUCCACCGUGGCUUACCUGCUCCGCUUUUCGGUGGCCGCCGGCCGGCCGCGGUCACGACCUCACGGGGAUCACGCCGCGGCCCACGCCGCCCGGCCCGGUCACUUCGAAACCCCAAUCAUCCGGGAGCCAUCGGAUGAUAUUUUCUUGCUAACUUCUACGGAGUAUACUCUUGUUAGAUGUACGUUGAGCUGAUUUUUUCCUCGACAGACACUUGUGAAUUAGCUCGGGUGUGCUUGUUGGCGGUGUGCUUUGGCGUACUCCACAUUGAUGCCCCCCAUUAAUCCGCUCACAUGUCCACACCUACCCGUCGCCGCACACCUGGCCAGCUGGGGGUCUCCAGCUUUGUUUCCCUUUCCCCGCCUCGCCUCACCGACGCCGCCACGUUGGCCAUGCCGCCGCCACGUCGGCACCCUCCCCCGUGACCUCCCCAGCCGCCGCGCCAACAGCGACGCCGCCUAUAUAUACCGGCCGGGACCGAGAAGGGGUCCCCGUCGAGCCAGCUGAGCCGAGACUAGCUCGACGGCGCCGAUCCAGGGUCACCGCGCGACGACGAUGCCGCUGCAGAACGGCGCGCGGGCCGCGGCGGAGGCGCAGUGGCAGCACGGGAAGCCGGCGGCGCCGCCGAGGCGGCGCGCCGGCGCGGCGGUGGCGCUGCUGCUGCUCCGCGUGGCGGCGCUGUGCACCUCCGCGGCCGCGGCAGCGCUCGCGGCCACCCACGGCGCCGCGCUCCGCCGCGCGCCGUUCCGGUUCCUGCUGGCGGCCGACGCCAUCGUGGCCGUCUACUCGGCGUUCGAGGCGGCCGCCGCGGCGUGGGAGGCGGCCACGGGCGCCACGCUGCUGCCGGAGGCCAUGCAGCUCUGGUUCGACUUCGGACACGACCAGGGCUUCGGGUACAUGGCGCUGGCGGCGGCGGCCGUCGCGGCGCGGGACGCGGCGUCGUGCGGCGGCGGCGGAGGAGGGCGGGAGUGGAGGAGCGCCGCCGGAGGCGCGGCGGCGUGCGCGCGGGCCGACGCCGCGGUGGCGCUCGGGUUCGCGGGGUUCGCGUUCCUGGCGCUGGCCGCGCUCGUCACCGGCUUCCGGGUCGCCCGCUUCCUCGCCACCGGCUCACGGUCCGCGCCGCCAUCGACCUCCGACUACUGAUCGGGCGUUCCGGUAGAGCUGAUCGGACGAGCCGCUGGUAGGUAGUAGUAUAGCGUGCUGUUGUGUGUGUGAACGGCGAGUGCUAGAGCAAAGUUGCUUUGGCAGCUGAAGAAAAUCAAAGCACAGUGUUGGUUGCCUAUAGUACUAGUUAGUUCUGUUUAGUUUUGUUUGGUUUUACGUGACUAAAGUUUACUCCUGUCACAUCCUAAAUAUUAAAUAUAAGUUAAUUACAAAA